UGUUUGUACAUAUUGGUCUGUAAACACAGUGUGUUGGCUUCACAUGCGUGUUACCGAUGCUCACGUCCCCCCAGUCAUGGAAUACAACAUCAGACGGAGUUUAUAUAGAGCAAAGCCCAUUGGCCUGUUUUUAUGCGAGAGCGAGGGAACGUCAAACUGAAUGCAGCGCUCGUCAGGCAGCCACUCUCCCCAGCCAUUCUCCUCCCUCUCCUCUCCUCCGCCUCCACCGUGGUAAUCCUUGCUGACACAACGCACAAAGGACUAAACGCUGGCAGCAUCCUCCAGCAGCAGGGCUCUCUCCUCUUCCUCCUUCAGCUCUGAUCCGCUUCAGUCUGUUCGUGUGAAGCCGGAUGCUGUUUCCAUGAGACCGUUUGCAACUGUAUAUCACAUCUCUGGAAUACCGGCCUGGCCGUCCGACUCUUCCGCCCCCUGCAUCCGCUCCUCCUUCUUGGCCAAUUCAUUCAAGGAGCACAUUAGAACCAGGCUUCAGCCCUGAAGACGCAGCCUUUUUUGUUUUAUCUCGCUGGAAGCUUGUGGGACCACUGGUAGCUUUUUAAUUAUCAUUAUUAUUUUUACCUGAUGCGUUUAUACACCAGGAGGAAGGAGCUGCCUGCGAUUCUUCCAGGUUUUGUUGCUCUGUCUAUUCACCCUGCUGCACAUCACUAUACCAACAGUUACCCCUGAUCUGUUCCCAGAAACACCUCUGGUGCCAUCCCUGCCGGCGAUAUCGUCGGCGCGAACCGGCUCUGCACCUCACAAGACCCGGAGGCGCAGCAGCAGCGGAGUUGACAGCGUUGCCAGGCCCCGGCCAUUGCCCUCACCCUGUAGGCCAGGCACCAACAGAGGCAGCAUGGAGGUGGGCAUGCGUGUGGUGCGUGGCCUAGACUGGAAAUGGGGAAACCAGGAUGAUGGUGAGGGCCAUGUGGGCACUGUGGUGGAGAUCGGGCGGCAGGGCAGCACUACCACCCCAGACAAGACGGUGGUGGUGCAGUGGGACAGCGGCACGCGGACCAACUACCGCACUGGCUACCAGGGUGCCUUUGACCUGCUGCUCUAUGAUAAUGCUCAAAUAGGGGUGCGUCACUCCAAUAUCAUCUGUGACAGCUGCAAGAAGCAUGGCAUCAUGGGAAUGCGAUGGAAGUGCAAGGUGUGCUUCGACUACGACCUGUGCACCCAGUGUUACAUGAACAACAAGCACGACCUGAGCCACGCUUUUGAACGUUACGAGACGGCACACUCCCAGCCAGUGAGCUUGGCACCGAGGCAGAACCUCCCACGGAUCAUCCUCAAAGGAAUCUUCCAGGGGGUUAAAGUGGUUCGUGGACCAGACUGGGACUGGGGCAACCAAGACGGUGGGGAGGGUAAGGUUGGGAAGGUAGUGGACAUUCGCGGCUGGGACACAGAGUCUGGUCGCAGCGUGGCCAGUGUGACCUGGUCAAAUGGCACCACCAAUGUCUAUCGAAUGGGACACAAGGGCAAGGUAGACCUGAAAUAUGUGUCAGAUGGCCAAGGAGGUUUCUAUUACAAAGAUCACCUACCUAAACUAGGAGAGCACGCAGAACUGCAGCGUCAGGAGAGUGCAGACGGCCACUCAUUCCAGCAGGGCGACAAAGUCAAAUGUCUCUUGGAGGUGGACAUCCUGCGACAGAUGCAGGAGGGCCACGGAGGGUGGAACCCCAAAAUGGCAGAGUACAUUUGCCGGAUUGGGACUGUUCACAGAAUCACUGACCGAGGAGAUGUCAGAGUCCAGUACAGUAACAACAUCCGUUGGACUUUCCAUCCAGGGGCGCUCACAAAGGUGAAUACGUUUGGGGUUGGUGAACUUGUAAGAGUGUUGGAGGACAUGGAGAGCGUGAAGAGACUGCAGGCUGGCCAUGGAGAGUGGACAGACAGCAUGACUCCUGUGCUUGGCCAGGUUGGGAAGGUGUUGAAAGUGUACGCGGAUGGUGACCUACGGGUGGCAUUUGGAGGCCAGACGUGGACAUUCAACCCAGCGUGUCUCUCGGUCCAGCCUGUGGAGGUGGAUGCUAACCUCAUGACAGCCGAGAACCCCAACGAAUCUGGAAGUACUGUCAUAUCUGUGCUGGAGAAGCUGCUGUCUCAGUCCACGGAGCAGGACAAUCCCACUCGGCUGGUCAUUGAGGCAGCACACGGCAGUGCCAACAAAGUGCGGGAGCUGGUGCAGAAGUAUCCUGACAAGGUGGAUAUCAAGAACCAGGGCAAGACAGCGCUGCAGGUUGCGGCUCACCAAGGCCACAUGGAGGUGGUGAAGGCCCUGCUGCAGGCCAACAGCUCGAUUGAGGUCAAAGACGAAGAUGGAGACGCAGCAUUGCACUACACUGCCUUUGGUAAUCAGGCAGAGAUUGCACGGUUGCUGUUGAGUAAGGGGGCAAACGUCAACCUCCUCAACAACUCAAUGUGCACUGCACUCCACAUCGCUGUCAACAAGGGCUUCACUGACGUAGUGCGGGUGCUGACCGAACAUUCGGCUGACGUCAAUCUCCAGGAUUCAUACGGGGACACGCCGCUCCAUGACGCCAUUGCUAAAGAUUUCCGUAAUAUCAUUGAGAUCCUUGUCGUGGUGCCCAACAUUGACUUCACCCAGCAGAACCACAGAGGCUUCAACCUGCUGCACCACGCUGCUUUGAAAGGAAACAAACUAGCCACAGAAAAGAUCCUGGCCAGAGCGCGACAGCUGGUGGAUGUCAAAAAGGAGGACGGCUUCUCCGCAUUGCAUCUGGCUGCCCUCAACAACCACAGAGACGUCGCAGAGAUCCUCAUCAAGGAGGGACGCUGUGACAUCAACAUCCGCAACAACCGCAACCAGACGCCGCUGCAGCUGGCCGUGACACAGGGCCACACCGAACUGGUGCAGCUGCUGGUGGCAGAGGGAGCCGACGUCAACAUGGAGGACGAGGACGGUGAAACGGCCAUGCACGUGGCCCUCCUCCGCCCACAGCUGGCCAACAUUGUGCUCAGCCCCUCCGUGGGAACCAGCAGCACUGAGGAGGGCAGCGAGGGAUGCUCGUCCACGUCGCUCUACUGCAGGUUGAACUCCUCGGGUCUUCUGGGGAGCACUGAGCUGAGCGUAGGAACAGCUAUCGCCUGUUUUCUAGCACAGGAAGGUGCAGACAUCAACUACGCCAACCACAAGGGCAAGAGUCCUCUGGACCUGGUGGCAGACAGCAGCAUGCUGCAGCUCAUCAAGAGCUUUUCUGAGAAGCACAGGUUGCAGCGUCUGCAGGCCAUCACAUGUGGACAGGGCCUGAGCAGUGCCAGCCUGCGACGGGUCCACACAACACCCAACACCAUGACCAACCUGGUUCUUCCCACGCCUCCGGGGCCCAGCGAAUGCCUCAUCUGCUCUGAGCUGGCUCUACUGGUCCUCUUCUGCCCCUGCCAGCACAGUGUGGCCUGUGAAGAAUGUGCCCAUCGGAUGAAGAAAUGCAUCAAAUGCCAGGUCACAAUCACCAAGAAGAUCAGGCAAGACCAAACGGAGGUGGACUGCAGCCCUGGCACAGAGAACUCGGAGCAGCACAACCUGCUGGAGCAGCUGCAGUCUCGCUACCGCCAGAUGGAGGAGCGGAUCACCUGCCCCAUCUGCAUCGACAACCACAUCAAGCUGGUCUUCCAAUGCGGACACGCCUCCUGCAUCGACUGCAGCGCCGCGCUCAAGACCUGCCCCAUCUGCCGACAGACCAUCCGUGAGCGGAUCCAGCUAUUUGUCUGAGUCCUUUCAGCUCUUAAUGGCCCAAAGAGGAUAUUGGAGUCUAGGGAUGGAAGGGGGCAACUGUUACCUUGGAUGACCCCACUGAGCUAUACAUCACUAUGAGACUCUGUGUUACAUUGCUGAAUCCACAGUUUGUUACAUUUUGAGUAGUUUCUCUCUCGAGCAACCCAGGCAGGAACAUGUCCAUCACUAUAAUUUUGUUUUUCAACACCAGAACUGUUGUUCAGAUGGGCCUGACAGGAAUCAGACAAGUUGUGAGGUAAUGCUGCCACUCUAAUUGGAAAGCUGGGAGAAUAAGACCCCCCCUCCUCAACCUCUUCUUUUCCUGACUCCCACCCAGCCUCCGCCUCUUGUAAUCUGUCCUAUUGUUGCUGCUUUCAGUGGAUGUCUGUUACCCAUCAUCCUCUCUGGCUUUCUGGCCUCUUCUGUUUACAAGGCUGCACAGAAAUCAGUUCUCGUCUUCUAGCUCCUCAGCCUGUCCUGUGAAUUAUGUUUGCUCACUUUUGUAUCAAUCUCUUAAUAAUCAGUGUUAUUCUCUGCAGAGGGAGUUGGUAUAACUAAAGGCUCUCUAUAAUAGUCCCCAACCAGUUGUCUGUAUGCAAGGGGAAAUACACACUAUAUAUGCAUGAAUAUAUGCAUAUUGAAGCUGAAAAUGACUGUGUUGUCAUGGGUGAUUCGUUGUUGUUGUUAAUUUCUCUCUGGUUAUAUUUGUGGUUUUCAAUGUACCUACGAGUGCAGAGUUUUAUUUAUGUGUGAAAGGUGGUAUUACUUAGUAAUGUCCUUUUUCAGUUUGCUUGGAAAGAAAAAGUUUCUACUGACGUUCACCCCAAGCCUAUGUCCUCUACUCAGGGUAUCAAAUCAUUGAAAGCACUUGGGAUAUACAUCAAGGGUUAAAGAGCCCCUCCAGACACACAUACAGUUUAGAGCAUUAUAGGAGGGUCACUGUACAAAAAUAUAAACAUACAUUGUGCAUAUUGUCGAAGAAAUGCACUAGAAAUGCUCAUUUCACUUAAUCAGCCACAUUUCCUUUAGUGAAAUGAAUGAUUGCAGAGCACAUUCUGCAACUAAUUUGACAUUUUCCUUCAAAAUACACACAAAUGAAAUCCUCAAAGCCUCCCUGAACACCAGUCAGCUUUAUUUCUGUUUGACUUUGAACAGAAAGUAUCAUUAUAGUCGGCCCGUAUGAAUACCACAUCUGUGUAUCGUCCAACUGGGUUCGGGUUCACGCUUUAAAGGAGGAUGUUCACAUUUUGUUACCUACGUACCAGAUGUAUUGUAAGAUAUAGAAUCCGAAGGGCAAAAACAUGACAUUGUUGUGUAGCGUCUGUAGUUCUACCUUCCAAAGUCCAGUCAUUUCUCCCAGAAACCCCUCGCUUUCUCCUCUGGAGUUCUGGAUUGUACAUCCUCUUCAUCCUUACUAUUGUUUUGGUGUGUUUUCUUGAAGGGCUUAUGAGAAAAAAAAUCUAUUUUAAUCUUAAUUUAAUUUUUAUUUUCUAUAGUAAAAACUAGAGACAGGAGUUGUUCUUUUUUGUUUUCCUUAGAUCCCAAAUUUUGGGAGAGCCAAUGUUAAAGAUGUACAUUUGAAUGUUAGAGGGGGGGAAAUGUAUCCUGUCUCACUCUGCCUUUUUUAUGUGUAAAGAAAAAAAGAUGUAAGAGAAGGAGCUUGAGAAAGCAAAAUGUUCCUCGAGGUUUACUUUGAUGAAAGAACUGUUACAUCAGUGCCAAAUCGCAUGAGGAUGUGCACGGGCAUGCACGCCUGAAAUUAUCUAGACGCACCAUGCUAAACCCCUCCAACCUCUAGUGAGGGUUCUAUUAUUCCAGCAGUGAAGUAAAAGUGAAGUAAACUAAAAGCAAAUUUUAUAUUUUGUUUAGUCCAGAGUCAGAAGUAUUGUCUCAGCGCGUUGCAGUUGAGCUUCUAGUCUUCUAACUUCAGCAGUAGUGCUCUGAACCUCCUCAUGUUCAAAAUGAAAGACAAAGUUACACUCACUUCCAAAAUACUGUCAGUUCCGUAUGGUUUGGACCUUUUUACAAGUAUAUAUAUUUAUAUUUUGAGAGACAUUAAAAAUCAAAGGACAUGUUUCUUACAGAAAUUUCAGCAUUUUAAGGAUUGGUGUCCUACGUUGAGGGUUUUACAGGCAAAGGCAAUAAUGUUUUAGAAAAAUAGGGAAGAUGUUUGAGGUUUUUUUUUUUUUCUCCCUGAUAAGGAGGUUGCUGUGAGAGCGGGAAACAUUUUAUGUAUAAAAAUUCUAUUAAAGCAGCAAAUGUUACUGUUGGUGUUUGUACAGUUCAGCUCUUGGAGUUCUGAUGUUGGCCUUACUGUCCAUUCCUCCUCUGUUGAUGUUUUUUUUUCAGUUGUAUUCUGUACAAAAAUAUUUUGCAAUAAAUAUGGAACUGUUUUCUAAUGA